CAGAAUCCACUAAUAAAGACGGGACUUCCGAGCACUCGAGAAACUCGCUUCGUCUUCACAAGCGCAUAGUUAUCAUCGUCAUUCGUCGUCACUCUUCGCCACCCACUCUCUAUUCCACCUCUCAGGCCGCCAUGCAAGCCCUUCAAUCCCCAACCCUUUGCCCUUCGCCGCUCGGCCCACUCCGCAAGAAUAGCUCCUCUCAUUUCCAUUUCAUCGCCAGGCGCCGCCUCCCCUUCAUUGCGGCCUCGUCCCGUCCCGUCGUUUCGACGCCGAAACGCGAGAAGGACCCCAAGAAGCGGGUCGUGAUCACGGGGACGGGAUUGGUAUCCGUGUUCGGAAACGACGUCGAUGAGUAUUACAACAAGCUGCUUGCAGCCGAGAGCGGGAUCGGUCCCAUCGACCGGUUCGACGCCUCCAAGUUCCCCACCCGGUUCGCAGGCCAGAUCCGUGGGUUCAGCUCCGAGGGAUACAUUGAUGGAAAGAAUGACAGGCGCCUCGACGAUUGCCUUCGAUACUGCAUUGUCGCUGGGAAGAAGGCUCUCGAGCAUGCCGAUCUUGGCAGCGAUAAACUUUCCAAGAUUGAUAAGGAGCGGGCUGGUGUGCUUGUGGGAACUGGGAUGGGUGGUCUUACAGUCUUUUCCGAGGGUGUUAAGUCUUUAAUAGAGAAAGGUUACAGGAAAAUAACCCCUUUUUUCAUUCCCUAUGCUAUAACGAACAUGGGUUCUGCAUUGCUUGCAAUUGAUAUAGGCUUCAUGGGUCCAAAUUACUCAAUCUCAACGGCUUGUGCAACCUCCAAUUAUUGCUUCUAUGCUGCUGCAAAUCACAUCCGUCGGGGUGAGGCUGAUUUGAUGAUUGCUGGUGGGACUGAAGCUGCUGUUAUUCCCAUUGGACUAGGGGGUUUUGUUGCAUGCAGAGCCUUAUCUCAGAGAAAUGAUGAUCCAAAGACUGCUUCAAGGCCAUGGGACAAAGAUCGAGAUGGUUUUGUCAUGGGUGAAGGAGCUGGAGUAUUGAUAAUGGAGAGCUUAGAACAUGCAAUGAAGCGAGGUGCACCAAUUAUUGCUGAGUACUUGGGAGGUGCUGUUAACUGUGAUGCUCAUCAUAUGACUGAUCCAAGAGCAGAUGGACUUGGUGUGUCUUCAUGCAUUGAGAGCAGCCUUGAAGAUGCCGGCGUGUCACCUGAGGAGGUUAAUUACAUAAAUGCGCAUGCAACUUCCACUCUUGCUGGUGACCUGGCUGAGAUAAAUGCUGUAAAAAAGGUUUUCAAGAAUACUUCAGAGAUCAAAAUUAAUGCCACUAAGUCAAUGAUCGGACAUUGCCUUGGUGCCGCUGGAGGUUUGGAAGCCAUCGCGACUGUGAAAGCCAUAACCACUGGAUGGCUGCAUCCUACCAUAAAUCAAUUUAAUCCAGAGCCUUCAGUUGACUUCGACACCGUCGCAAAUAAAAAGCAGCAGCAUGAAGUGAAUGUUGCCAUUUCAAAUUCAUUUGGAUUCGGUGGACACAACUCAGUCGUGGCCUUUUCUGCAUUCAAACCUUGAUCAUCCGGCCAUUCUGGAUUUCUUGUAGGAGAUGAGUCUUGCUUUUCAGGAGUUUGCUUGUUUGUUAGUGAGGCGCUUACACUUUCUGGAGUCAACGUCAUGCUUGUGCCACUUGUAGUUGUUAAUUUAGUGAUAGUUAUGAGUUGAAUUCUAGCUCCGAUUACUUUGUGACAUCUUUACUUGGAACUAUUCCAUCUAUUUUCAGUUUUAAAUUGUGUCAUGGAUAGAAGAGGGAGAGGGAGAGAUUGUCGAAGGCCUUUUGCUUUAUGACAUGAUUCUUACCAUCUUUCUGGCUCAUUGAUCGGAAUGUAGAUGACUAGAGAGGUUCACAAAAUGGGCUGACAGGGACAGCUUCCGACCAGGUGCAGAUAGUUGCUAAAUAUUUGAAGCCCAGCUUAGUGUUCUCUCUUUGGAUACAGCGGCUGAUAUCGAUGGUGGUCAUGGAGCUGAUUAAAAUGUAUCUUAACUUUGCCCUCAUGUAAGACUUGAGCUGAUUACUACAGGUCUUUGUUCUUUUGGUACUGUUUUCGUUGUUUACGGAAUUUUGGCAAUUCUCUUAUGGAAUGGAAGCAUUUAAUUUUGUGUU